GAUUGAUAGCGAAGCCAAGCAGCAACCAGAAAACCCUCCAUCUCUCUCUCUCUCUCUCCCGAACGCAGAUUCUUUGACAAUCGUAACCAACCAUAAGUCUCCUCUCCCACCCCAGAACCCUAAUUAUUCUGUUCUAAUUGAUAAUCAAUUUUUUGUUUUUGUUAUUACUAAUGCUCGAUUUUGAUCUGCAUUGUCUUCGAUUUUCAUCUAUUUUGUGUUCGGGUCGAGCUCUUACAGAAUUGUUUAAGCUCAAUUGUUUUUCCGUCUUAUGUUGAUUGGAUUAUUUGAGUAUUGAUAUAUAUAUUUUUUUUAUAGUGAAACAAAGUAUAUUAUUUUAUUCUGUCAAUUAAUAAUUUAGAAUUUGGUGAAUGAUUUUGAGUUCUUACAAGUAAUUCUUUUUCAUAGCCUUUGAACUGGUAACUGCAUUCUCAUUGGAAAACUUCACUUUCUAGUUUAUAAGCAUUCAGUUAGUUUUAGAAAUCUCAAUGUGCAUUUUCUGUAUUCAACUAAUGGGCAGCGAUGUUGGGUUUAGGUUAACAGGUAUUUCUGUGCUAUCUCACGUAUUUUUUGUUUUUUUCCUUUCCUUCUAGAGUUCGUACCAAAUUAAAUCGGGAGUUCGCUACAAAAGGCACGAAUGGCAUCAGAAGUUUGUGGUUUGAUUCAAGAUCUAAAUCUGAAUGAUCACUCUAUUGGAGCUUCUGCUGUGGAAAAGGAUGAUGUUUUGAAGGGGGGUUUUGGUGGGAGUAAAGCGUACGGUGAUUUAUCAAAAUGUGGGAAGCCUGCUAUGACUGAGGAGUCAUCACAAAAGCAACAGCCUUCUGACAUUGAUGAAAUUAAUAUCAAAAGGAAAGGAGGGGUUGUUACAGAGGAAGAUAUAGCAGAUGAAGAUUCUGACUAUGAUUAUGAUUUUUUUGAUGAACAUGUCGUGAAGAGGUCUGAUCCAACUAAGGAAGAAAUCUUGGAGAUUAUGGCGUACGAGCACGAUCAUAGGAGAUGUAUCGAAUUACAGGAAAAGGCUUUGAAGGGGGAGUAUGCAUCUCAGAAUCCAGCUGAUUCUGCACUUUUCAAUUGGCCCUGGGAGGAGGAAUUUGAGAGCAAGCCGAUGGAUGUAUCAGAGUUGUUGGAAAUAUUAGAUUCAUUGAAAGAAUUAGGAGAAGUUGAUGGAACAGAUGAGUGUGUAGAUGCAGCAACAGUUCUUGGCUAAAGCAGCCUUCAGGGAGGGGGUUGGCUUUUUCAAUUGAGCGGAGUUUGAUCUGGUUAUUGUUUCUUUUGGUUUUUAGUUAACUUGACAUCUGAAGGUAGAACUCUGUAUUCCAAAACUAUAUGGUGAUGAAUGUUUGUUCUGUUCAAUUCACAUGCGUAAUUGUCUUAUUUGUUGAUCAACUCGAUUAAUGGUGUAUCUGAUUAUAAAUUGCAGUUCAUAA